UGAUCUUAUCCUGCAGCCCCAUGGCGGAGGACUCGGACUCGGACUGCAUAGCUUUCGCCAUUUACGGGAGGUUAUGUAAUAAGCUGGCCUUUGCGAGGCCCGGCGACGCUGCGUGGACUAUCUUGAGCUGGGACUGGGAACAGUUCAAGAACAAGUGGGGUCCGUUCGAGGACGCCGUGUACUACAAGGGGCAGUUCUAUGUGGUUAAUUCUCACGGCACGGUCAUGAGAUGCCGCAUCCCUCCGGUCGGAAGCAGUGAAAAGCCCGCAGCUGAGGUCAUCGCCUUCGGGCCUCCCACCGACGAGUGGGUCUGGGGAAAUUCUAGGUAUCUGGUUGAACUCCGAGGUGAGCUGCUGCAGGUUCUGAGAAGGCAAUGGGAGUCGGAGACGAAGAACGGAGAGCAGCGGCUCCUGACGGACGGCUUCUACAUCUUCAGGCUCAAUACUGAUCACAGCGCGUGGGAUAUGAUGUAUACCCUGGGCGACCACGCCGUUUUUCUCGGGAUGAGCACGACUGUGGCUGUGCCCGCGAGCGACUUUCGAGGGUGCAAGCGUAACUGCAUCUACUUUACCGACGACUAUGACCUGGACCGGUGGUGCUCCGACCGUGGAGGGGGCUGCGACACGGGCUACUGCACCUUGGUAGAUAAACGGAUCGAAUUUCUGGAAAACGUCGAGUCCUACUCUCGCUUUUCUCCUCCGAUCUGGGUCUUUCCAUCUAUGCGAUAAACGUUUCAAGAAUCUAUCUCACAAGUCACAACACUAGUUCGUUUGCAGAACGUUUAAUUCUUCUUCUGUUUUGGCUUAUUUAGAACUAGAGAGCAAAUUAACUUCCAUGAAAGAAGAUGGAGAUCUAGCUACUUUUGUUUCGGUUUUUUUAUUUUAUUUUUUAUUGAGCUUGUUCUUUGAAGUUUGACAUAAUAAGAGUUCUCACCAAAAUUCCUCA